UUUACUACCAUCUAUAACCACACCAGUACUAAACGGAUCUGGAAGCGACAUUAUGAGCCAAGAAUGUGUCAUAAAGUUACAACUUGCAACAAGAGAAAAGAUCAGAAAACUCAACUCUCUGCGUGCUGGAGAGGUGCAGCCCGGGGAGUUUUGGGAUGUGGUGGUUGUGACUGCUGCGGAUGAGAACCAGAGAGAAGCUUACGAGCUGCAGAUCAGAGAGAAGGCUGACAGGAGAGAGCUUCCCCUCGGACUUCACUACAAGGUCUUCUCUGAUCCACCUGGAUGUAAAAUAGGGAAUGGGGGCUCAACUCUGUAUGCACUGCAGCAGCUGAAUGAGAUCUAUGGGAAGACUCUGGGAAAGCUGAGAGUCAUCCUCAUCCAUGCAGGAGGGUUUAGUCAGCGUCUGCCCAGCGCCAGCGCCUUGGGGAAGAUCUUCACCGCCGUGCCGCUGGGCGACCCUCUCUACCAGAUGCUGGAGCUCAAACUGGCCUUGUACGUGGAUUUCCCGUCCCACAUGAAGCCCGGCGUACUGGUGACCUGUGCGGACGACAUAGAGCUCUACAGCACUGGAGACGAUGAGAGUGUUCGGUUUGACAAACCGGGCUUCACAGCUUUGGCUCACCCGUCGCCGCUGUCUAUCGGGACGACCCACGGAGUGUUUGUGUUGGAUUCAAACAAAAAGUCGACUAACUCUGAAAUGGAGAACGUUUCCUGUCUGCGCUUUCUGCACAAGCCGAGCAUCGACACAAUGCGAAACAGUGGAGCGGUUUGUAAAAGGCAGAGUGGUUGUUUUUCUCUCUCUGACGCAGAGUUUGUCUACACGGACAGCACCUAUUAUGUCGACUUUGAUACUGCAAAGUCUCUUCUCAAUCUGCUGAAGGAGCUGGGGCCUCUGGACUGUGAGGUGGACGCAUACGGGGACUUCCUCCAAGCACUGGGCCCCGGAGCCACGAUAGAUUACACCAGCAACACUGCGAAUGUCACCAAAGAGGAGAGCAGCCUGGUGGGAAUACGCCAAAAGAUCUUCCAUCUUCUGAAAGGGACUCCCUUGAAUGUCAUUCUCCUGAAUAACUCCAAGUUUUAUCACAUUGGAACCACAUCAGAGUACCUCUUUCACCUCGCUGAGGAUGCGGCGCUGAGGAGUGAGCUGGGUCUCCUGUCAUCCGCCUUCAGUUUAAAUAUGAAUGAAAACUCAGGAUGCUGCGUUAUGUACAGCGUCUUAGAUCCCAGUUGCUCUGUGGGAGCAGGAUCGGUGGUGGAGUACUCCAGACUGGGACCAGGAGCUUCCGUAGAUGGGGGCUGCAUCGUCAGCAGCUGCUGGGUCAGUGCGGGCCUCUCAGUGCCUGAAGGAGUCUUCAUGCAUUCUCUGUGUGUGAAUUACAAGCUCCAAACCAGGUUCGUUACCGUCGUCUUUGGGAUCAAUGACGACCUGAAGCGCAGCGUGGAAGCCCCUGCAUACAUGGAGGAGCUGAAUCUCUUUGGCUUCAGCCUGGCAGAGUGUCUGUCCCGCUGGGGGCUGAAAAGUGAAGUCCUGAGGUUCUCCGGCGACGCGUCCGGCUGUAGUUUGUGGAACGCUUGUUUGUUUCCGGUUUGCCCCGAUCAACAAAGCUCCUUCUCUCUGUCUCUGGAGAUGCUGCAGGCGGCCCUGAGUGGCUCUACGUUCACGUUACCCAAAGACACGACGCUGAUGUCUAUGCAAGAGUCCUUACAGUGUAAGAACCUGGAGGGGAUGCUGAAGUUCAGGAAGGGACUGUAUGAAGACAUCACACAGAGAAAAAUAAACAAUCAAAGAUAAUAUUCAAGAUUAUAUGUCAGUUUAAAUAUGACAUUAUGCUAUAAAUCAUUGAUAUAUUUUAUUAUCAUACAAUGAUUUUAAAGACUAUGAGCUUUUGUCAUCUGAUUUAUUCUGGUGUAACGUAAAGUGAA